UGAAUUUUCUCCGCACUUGGAGAAGGUUGUAAAGUGAGUGUCACUCUGUAUUGUGUGUUUACGGAUUUCGAAUAGCACGUGUAUUCAUAGUUUGUAAAUUUGUAAAUAAGAUACUACUGGAUCAUUGUAGUGGUAAUAAGCUAGUGCAAUCGGAUUCUUGCUGACUCUUCACUGAAAUUACCUUGAAUAAAUAUUUUGUUUUUAGUUUCAUUCAAAUUGUGUUAGAAAGAAGUUUCAAAAAUAACAUUCAACAGCAACGAUUUGGAUUGACUUUGAUUCUAUUUUCGUUUCAAUGAUGGGACGCUUCCAGGACAUGCCUUACCUCUGAAGUUUUGACCGGAUUUUGAAGCAUCUGAUGAUCUGUUACAGGUUUAACAGUAUGGGCGACUUUGUCAGAACCAGAAGCAAGGUAUGGUGGGGCAACUACCAGCAUGGCAACUAUGAUGAAGAGGAAGAGGACGACUGGGAAGCUAGGAGAGAGACAGGAGCCGCCUGUAGUGCCAGCAUUGCGAGCACAGACAGUGACAGAGGAUCAUCCGGGAGUCCAGAGAGUCACCGGAGUCAGGACUCUGGAUUCUCGGAUUCAGAUGGGUCACCACCCAAUGUUGGAGGGGUUACAAUUACUAGAAUCCCUAGGGUCACCCUGACAAGAGCUGGGAAGAUCCACAGACAGAAAGAGGAGGACGAUGGAUUGUCACCUAGUACACCAGUUGCCUCAAAAACGGUCAUCAUGGCAAACGAGUCACUGGUCAACAAUGACAACGAAACCCUUGAAUCUCUGAAGAUCCUGCAGGAGAAUGACACUAACAACAACAAGACUCCAGUCAAGGGAAGAGUCAUGAGCCAGAUCAACAAGUUUGAAAUCAUGGUGACGUCAAUUGAAGACAAACCUCAAAGCUUGGCACUGAAAGUGCUGAAUGAAGAGGAUUCAGACAUUGCAAAACAACAAAAUACAAAUAUUCCACAUGUAGACUCCAAAGAUGUUGAUGGUUUGCAAGAGGAGACAAACAACAAAACUGAUGAAAUACCUAUUGUGGAUAGGGUCCAUGAUUCACCAGACGACUCAUCCAAAUCAUCAUCAAAAAUUGAUUCAUUGUCAUUCAGCAACUAUUCAAACGAAUAUGAACAGUCAACAGAUGGCUCAAUCAGUAGGUUUGGAGAAAGGUUCAAGACACAGGUGGAAGUGGCCGACGUUAGUUCACCCAAAGAAGCCAAUCAUGGGGAGGAGAGGAGUGUGUGCAGAGGGGGUAGGUCCCUACCAGGGAGUCCCAUGUUCAGGAGGGAUCGGAUGAGGAAAUCUGUGUUUGGGUAUCUUGAUGCUGAUGAUGAACCUAGGUAUCAGAGCGCCAAGAAAAUCAACAACCAAGAAAACAACGAUAGCCUGGAUGAUAAACUGAGGUCCCUACAUGUAUACCUAACAGAUGCUCCAUUUGUCAGAAGUGAUUCACCACAACUCAACCGCAGCUUGGAGAACACAAGGAUAUCAAAGUCGAGAAUGAGUCCCAUCAGUCAUACCAGACAUCCCAAAGCACAGAACCUGAACCGCAGUUUUGGAGGAUCAGAAUCACUACCGUACGAAAUCAACACAGAACCCCUGCAAACCAGAUUGAAUCCCCCACAAACUGAAGAAUCAGCAACGGUUGCCGAGAGACCAUUGGAUGUUUCAAGUUCCAGCUCAACAAAUGAGUUCAGCAAGUACCUGGGAAAAUACUCUAGUCCUAACAGCAGUACCUGGUCGAUUCCCGGACCUCCCGCUCAUGCGUCCACACCAAAAAGUCCGAAAACAAAUUGUGCCAAAACUCCCAGAUCUUCAAGGAAGUCACAGAGACUGAACUUUGAUCAGAAAGAUGAGGAAGGAACUGCUACUGUGUGUCGGCCAACGCCAACUCUAGGAGAAGGCGACCCUCCCCUCAACCAAUGGCUGAAAGAGUUGAAAUUCAUGUGCGAUCCCGAAUGCAUGACAACACUGCAGAGCAAAUCGUUGUCAGCCGACCUGAGUCAGCAGAUAACUGUCAUGGCGGCCGUCACAACAGAAGCUGUCAGAAUUCUGCAACAGCAGACCAAACUGAUUUCAGCUGAAUUCUCAAAGUUGUACAGUGGACUCAGGCCUGCUAGAGCACGUGGGCCCCUAGUGCAGAGCCUCGUGGGUCACAUCAACGAGUUCAUGCAAACGUGUCGGACGAGCAAGUCGGACAAACAAACGCUGACCGCCGCCUGCGAUAAACUCAAAAGCCUGGCAUUCAGUGCGUCUCCCGACCGCCACAGUCUCACCGUCGAAACCACCGUCCUCGGAAACACAUUCACCAACUCUGUCGACACUCUGCUCUACAAACAGAUUAAGGUGCUAAUGACAGUACUGGACGAGCCGAACCCCCCAGCAGUGACCCUAGCAGGCCUGUCCAGCCUGACCAGCCUGGGAUUGGAGGGAAAACACCUGAGUCAGCUGAUUGCCAGAUGCGGCGGCGGAAUUCGGUCGCUACUCUCCCUUUGCCUGGACUCCAAGUCGGUUGCCGUCCGAACGGCCGCUCUCCGUACCCUGGCUACGGUCUGCUGCACCACUCACACCAUACGCCAACUCGAAAAGGCUGGCGGUAUAGAUAUCCUAACAGACAUCCUACAAGACGAGAACCGGUCAGAAACAGAACUAACCGAGUCAGUAUCAGUUAUUGUGCAGAUAACUGCUCCCUGGAUUGAGGACAAUCACAGUGUGUUUGGGCUCACCCAGCAGUUGACGCCUCUUGUGUCUUCCCUAACACGCAUGGUAAGCAACACAACAGACAGCACGACACUUCUACUGUGCGCAGCCGCACUGAGCCACCUCACCCAACUGGAGCCCCAAUCCAUCUGGACAAUGAUGGCCAACUCAACUGUCGGCACUCUCCUGCUGGCCAUCAGGCGACAGGGACCCUACGCCUCUGUCUUCCUCAGGGAACAAGCAGCCGGCUUGCUGGCAAAUAUGGCGGCGGUUGCCGAGGCGCGAACCCACCUCACCGAGCACCGCGCUGUGGUCGCCCUGCUCUGCUUCCUCCAGGUUCGCCACUCACCGCUGCAACAUGCCGCCGAGAUCAGCGCCGCUGAACGCUUGCAGCACAAAUCGGCCAUCGCGCUUUCCAGGAUGUGUACAGACCAAGAAGUGGCAGCUCAAGUGGUGGAACUCCAAGGUGUGCAGAGGCUGGUCAAACUAUGCAGGGAAGAGAGAGAGCGAAAUAACAGUGACGGAGUUCUUGUCGCUUGUUUGGCCGCUUUGAGGAAAAUUGUAGCAAACUGCGGAAGUAAAUCAGUGGAAGAACUGAAUGCCUUGGAAUUGGUGGAGCCUCGCUUGUUAGAUUCCUUCCUAAUCUACUCAUCUCGUCAAGAGAGUUAUGUGUGAGAUUAUUACUUCUCAACAUAAUCUCUCAAAUCCCUUUGAGAUGAAAAUAUUCUGCAAAAACUCCAAGAAUGUUUGAAUAAUUCAUUUGAGCAUUAUGUUUAGUUGUAUCAUACUCUUGAAAAAAUAUUGUUUUCCACUUUGCUUUUUGAUCAUCCAUAAUUAUUGUAUUGAAUAUUAUUAUGACCAAAGUUUACUGUAACUUUAAUGUUGUAUACUAUUAGUUCACUGUAGGUCUUAACUUUAAACUUUCAAUUAUUGUGAAGUUGCUAUCUCAUCAACUUUUAUGGAUUUUAUCAGAAAUCAUGACAUAAAUUUAUCAUUUACGGUAAAUAACAUUCAUUUGUUAUCUCACAUCAUGUAAAGGUAUGAACUAUUUUAAACUGUAUUUUAUUGGAAGACAUUGCUCAAAUAAGAUUUUAAGAUUACAUCGUACGAACUUCACCAAUUUUAAAUUACCAGUACCGUAUCGUAGCUACUGAUUUUUCAAGGAUUUAUUCAAAAGGUAUACUAUAUUGUAGCCCAUAUAUUAUACUGUUGACAUUUCGACUUUUCCACUCCUCAACAGUAUAUCAAUACAGUACGAUUGAACAGAGGCCUGAAAAUGCUCAAUAAUAUACUAAGCUUGUUUGACAUAAUCUCGUAAAAUAGUGAAUGACUUUAACUGAUUUUUUUAUAAACAUAACAGAUAAAAAAUCAUAAAUUAUUAUUACUAGUGACGUAACAUUAUAGCCAAUACUGUUUUGUAAAGGCUUCUCUCCUACACACUCCUUUUUGAUGAUCAAUCACUUCAGACUUCACUUCAGUUCAUAUCAGCAGGCAUCUAUUUUUCAUUUUAUUUUUUUGUAAAUUUAUGAUAAAGCCCAACCCCUGUCUAUGAUCUUAUAUUGAAUUUAUGUAUCAAACUUUAUUAAAAAACUUUUGUUACAAACAUUCGAAUUUCGAUCAUCGAUUCCAAGAGAUUGUAUGAUUACUACAAUAACUUCAUAUUUUUGUAGUCACUUUGUUAAUAAUUGUAAUCGAACAUUGUUAUCAAGUUUCUCUUUUUGAAAUCUUGUCUACCGUUUCAUAGUGGCUUGAAGGCUUCUGUACUCGAUCAUUCUUCCAUCAUUGAUCUACAUCACAGUAUGUAGAAGAUUAUUCUAAAAAUCCACUUCUACAUACCGUGAUCUACAUUUAUAUGGAGUAAUAGGAUUUUAGACUAUUAAAACUCCACUUUUGAUAAAAGGUUCAAUUUCAAGUUCUCUUGAUUAUAAAGAUUGCCCUUUCUCAGUACUUUUAAAACACAAGUUAUUAUAUAACUCCAGUAGGUACCUAUUUCACAAAGUAAUUUCUACAUAAUAUUCAAAAAUAAUUGCGGUCGUAUUCUAGUAACCCUAGAAUUGAUAGAAAUAUGGAAGCACGUUUCACAACGUUCAUAAUUUAUUUAAUUUUCCAAUACGAAAGUGCUACACGAAUAUUUUUAUAACACUCAUUAUUGAAAAAAAUCCUAUCAGAAACGGUGACAUGAUUCCUCAUACACAUGAGUAGCCUAAUAUGAUUCAUCAAUAACUGUAAUUUAUAUAAAAACCUAUACAUUAUUUACCUUAUUGAUGGAAAAUAUUAUUCACUCUAAUACAAAUUUGAAAUUAAUGACAAGCUUGAUGACACUGUUGCAUUAUCAGAUUAUCAAAUUAACUGCAAGUACCGUUGUAUUAUAAUUUAAGUUUGCUACAUUCCUUUUGAAUGAAUUUUUCAUUCAAUCGGUUCUGUUAUUCAAAGAGAAUAAGAUACCGCAAGAAAAUUAUGUUAGGCUAUUUUUACUUUCCUUGCCCUAUUACCAUAGGUAAGGAAAGUAUUGCUUUCCGAAAAAAAUUAAGGUACCCAAAUUUCUAUACGUUUCAACGUCCCCUGAGUCCAAAUAAGUGGUUAUUAGGUAUUGGUCAUAACACAAAUUAUUCAAAUAUCCUUGUUCAAUCAAACUUGUUACCGUAAGCUUAGAAUAAGAACAGAAAUGGAAUUUAAAUCUCCAAAAUUUGAAUAAUCUUACAUGGUCAAAUGACUCGUGCCAUGGACGUAUCUGCUACUCAUUAUUUUAUUCAAAUUCUAUUUUUAGGAACCAAUCGAAAAAUAUUGUAGUUUUGUAAAAUUAUACUUAUUGAUGAGAAAGUCAAUUUAUGUUUUGUAUAUACCUGAUGUAAUAUUGAUUGUGUGAAAUAUUUUGAAAUAAACAGUGUUCUAGGAA